UGGACGACAAGAGGGAGGAAAUGUAUGUUGUAAUUUCUGGGCUUCUUUAAAGUCCUAACGGUCUUCUCACCGUUCUUAGAGUCACUAUUUAACGUGGAAUAGUUAUUGAAAUGUAAUUGAUAUGGUAAAAAUUCUGGAAUUUAGUUGAUAUUCACAGACUUGUUUGGAAUGCAAAGAAGACGUAGUUCGAAGUUCUGAAGAGGGUCACAUAUAAUUUACGAAAACAUUGUUUCCACGACUACAUAAUCGAUUACUUUGAUAAUUUGGAUAAUGAAUAUUGCUGCUCAGAUGAUGCUGGCUCCGGCUUGGCGUUGUUCCGGUCGAAACAACGAUGAGAUGGUUGAUAGAUUUGUUGACGCUGGGCUGAUCUCGUCCAAAGAUGUCGAAGACGCAUUUCGAGCGAUUCCAAGGGGUGCCUUUGUACCGGGUGAUCAGUUUGACGAAGCUUAUUUUGAUUCUCCUUUACGUGGAGAUCCACAUGUUCAUAUGUCUGCGCCCCAUAUGUACGCCACUGUGCUAGAAGCCCUCGACUUAUGUCCAGGACUAUCAUUCUUGAACAUUGGUAGUGGUACAGGGUAUUUUAGCUGYYUGGUUGGUUAUCUGAUCAAACGUAAUAGUGUAAACCAYGGGAUUGAGCACCAUGAAGACCUUGUAGAUUACUGCCAAGAGCACUGUGAUGACUUCAUGAGAUACAGUCCAUCGGUGGCCAAUGAGAUGAGUCAGCCUGUUUUUCUAUCAGGAAACUGCUUCAGAUUGGAUCACAGAGACAGACAAUAUGACCGUAUUUACUGCGGUGCAUCCUGCCCACCUAAUAAAGUACCCUUUGUUCUUUCAAUGACCAAGGUUGGAGGAUUUGCUAUCAUACCAUGCAAAAAUAAGCUGCUGAGAAUUGACAGAGUAUCACCAACUGGUGUAAAGCAAUCUGUGAUCAGAGAAGUAAGUUUUUCUCCACUUGCUGCACUUCCAAGCUCUGAAGAAAAUCAACCAAAAUUGAAGUUUCCCCCUGUGGGAGAUAAAAAGAAGCAAAAGACUCUCAAAGUAUACCCACCCAAUGACUUGCUUGUCAGCAAUGGAAUGCCAAGGAAGAUACUUGCCAAGCUAAGAGCACUACAGGAAGCUAGUGAAUGUUUACGAUCAUCAGAGUCUCUUCCUCUUCCAUUUUGCUACGUACCAGAUCAACAACAGYUAAAAGAACUUAAAACAUCCAAAAAAAUUAAAGAACCUCCAACACCUCAUGAUCAGACACAAACAGCAGCAGCUGUUGACAGUAAAAUCACUUUCUUUAGCUCAUGCAGUGGACAGGGUCAAAGUACAGAGACCUCAGAUAAAUGGGACUUUAUCAACAAUGACAACCUUUGGGAGAAAGUCUUAGAGCACUACUAUAGUGUUUGUACUACAUCUAAUGAAGAGAAAGUUAAAGCAAUGCUUUUAUACGUCAAAAGAAAGACAAAGAAACAUACAAAACUGCAAAAUCCAUCCUACGCUGAACUUAUGUCUAGGCUUGGGUUGCCUGUGGACUCAGUUUCUAGUGGRAAUGRYAAGGAAUUGAGUAAGAAACCAGAUGGAAGCUGCAGAGAUCACCAACAUGAUGGGAAUAGCACAGAAAAUACACAAACAUGUUCAAUGGAAAAAGAUGAGAAUAAUAGCAAAUCACUGGAACAACAAAGUGAUGUUUUUGAAAACAAAAAUGACGAUUGUGAAAAGGGGACAGUARUUUCUUCUCAAAKAUCAUGCUCUAGUUUACCUCAGACAAGCUCUUCCUUGAGUGAUGGUUUGUCUCGGGAAACGGCCGGUGCUAUCAGUAAAUUACCGAAACAUGCUAAAGAGGACCAAACCACUUCCUCUAAGGAAUCUCACACGAGAAGGAAAGCAACCAAGGAACAUAAGAGCAGCCGAAGCUCUGAAUCUGAUAGAAAAAAAUCUGAAUACAGUGAUGUUUUAAUAGAGGUUGAUAGUCAUUCAGUGAAGAGACUCAGCUCGUCUCCAAAGAAGAGUUGGUGUUUGGAAGACGACAAAGAGCUUGUACGCUUUCUAUCGGAAAUGUCACACCAAUCCAGCAAAGGACGAUGCAAGGGCUGGUUCAAGCCAGAGCUUGUAAGACCAAGUUUAUUCUUAAGAAUUGAUUCAUUGGCAUUUCCCAGGCUUUCAAACAUUUCAGCUGAGGACUUAGCGUACAGAACAGUUGGUCUUUGCCGUGUUGCAAAUGUACUCGAUUCAUCUUUACACCUUCUGACAGGGUCCUCGCUAUUGAGUGACUACACAUCUGCGAAAAGCAAAUAUCCCAUGGAUUCAUUCAACGAUUCAUCGUUUGAAACUUCAAGGAAUUCUAGUAAUGUAAGUUUUGAGCAUCUUCCAGUGSAAAUAAAACGAAAACCUAAAGAGCAAUCGUAUGAUUAUGGCAUGAUGGAUGCUGAUCAGCUAAGAGUACAGUUAGAACUAACAAGCAAGAAACUUAAGUUGACUCAAGAAUUACAAGAACAAAUUAAAGAGCAACAAAAAGUCUUGCGCAAACAGGCUUCAUUACUAGAAGAAAAGCAGCUUCUUAUCCAAAACCUGAGCUUGCUUGACAUUCACCGACAUUCUGAACGACCCCAGACGAGCGAGCAACAAUUAGUGGUGGAACUGAAGACACAAAGACAGGACGUCUUGAGUAGAAUUCAAAAACUAUCAGAUCAAUAUUCUUUACAAGAGACCAAGAAAGCUGAACUUAUUGAAGAACUAAAGCAAGUCAAAGAAGAACGAAAUAGAAUUGUUGAGUUUGAAUCGCGGAAAAAGGAAAUACCUGAUUCUCCYCAAGAAUCAGUGGAACAUCAACAAACAGAAGAGACAAAAACCACCCACACUGAACAAGUCCAGUCAAAGACCUCUUCAUCACGCUACCAGAUUGCAGACUUGCUGCCACAUCUUCGUUUCUUACUCCCCUUGUGCCGACAAAGAUGGCGGCUUGUGCAAGAAAUGCUCCACGCUUCAGAAUGCUCGGCACCUGAUCACCUGCCGAUAGUGACAGUGGACAGACGGACACCUCUGRGUGAGCGCGGUGGGCGCACUGAAUGUAGUGUGCUUUUACAGGUCUUUAAAGAACUUAGGCCAGAAGGGCUUAACUACAGAUGGAACAAAUGGAAAUAUGACCAGUGGUGGGAGGUGAAGUUUGUGGGCGAGGGAAUCAUUGAUCAGGGAGGAGGUUUUCGAGAUUCUCUGGUUGAGAUCGCCGAUGAGAUCUGCCCUCCAGAGAAAAACUGUGGUGAAGUUUUGCCAUUCUUCAUUAAAACCCCGAACAAUAAGGAUGGCGUUGGAGAUUACCAAGACGUGUACAUCCCUACCCCUCUGAGUAAGCAAUGGUAUAUUUUUGAGUGGAUUGGAAAACUGUUCGGUGCUGCAUAUCGUACUGAUGAAAACCUUACGGUGUCUUGUCCACCGUUCUUCUGGAAGCUUCUAGUASGUGAACACGUGACAUGGGCCCGGGACUACGCGGAUAUUGACGAAUCGGUUGUUAGGUUUACAGAUGCACUAGAGGCGUCUGAUGAAGAUUUAUACGAUGCUGCCUACGGCGUGGACUGUAACUUCACGACAGUUUUGAGUGAUGGGUCAAGAGUUGAUCUUAUUCCCGGAGGUAGAGACAUUCCUGUCAAAAGUGAUGAGCGACGGAAGUUUGCAACACUGCUGAGACAAGCAAGAAUGACUGAAUCUGUAAAACAGGUUCUAGCCAUAAGAAAAGGCUUGAUUUCUGUUGUACCUGAAUCCGUCCUCAGACUUUUAACUUGGGCCGAACUUGAACGAGGAGUCUGUGGAAACCCURACGUGUCGGUGGCUGUUCUAAAGAGCGCAUGUAAAUAUGGUGAUGAUCUGUCCGAGUCCACCGAGUGCAUCAAGCACUUAUGGUCUGCUUUAUCCAAGUUCACCAACGAUGAACGGAGUAAGUUUCUUCGUUUCGUCACAGGAAGACGCCGUCCUCCCUCACCGUUUACCGUGGUUAAGGCAGGAGGCACGAAUGAGCUUCCUAAUGCUUCGACUUGUGCUAGUUCGCUGUUUUGGCCGAAUUAUCCGUCUGCAGCAGUGGCUACUGCUCGGCUAAGGUACGCGAUUUACAACUGCAUUGCUAUAGACACAGAUACCAGCCCCUGGUAAAGUCACAUACGUAAUAACCAAUUCCGAUGMAAUCCGAUUGGUGAUCGAGAGGUUCACGAGAGAACAUCGAAUGCUUACCGAGAACAUUGUUCGUCAAGUCUCUGGACUUGACUCAAGUCUGUACGACGUCUGGUCCUUUAGCUCAUGGCAGYCGCACAAAAUUKAGAGAAUAURACAAAAAUUCAAGRUUUGAUAAAUCAAUACACAAUGACGCUAUACCUUACAYAGAUAUUUUGGUAUUGUGAAAAAGCUUUAAGCCUAAAAUUAUUCACUUUCUUCAGACUUUUCACAUCUGUCCAACAAAUUUGUGAAACUCAGAACGGAAACCUCUGUAUUAGAAACAUCGUUUGUGCCCUUAUUAAAUGGGUUACAAGGUGAAAUUUUCUUACCGCUAACACCAUGUAAGACUUCUCAGUUUUACUUACGAACCGCGUGUUUGCCCUUUUUGCGGUUUUAGAUUCGUAGGCGUCGCCCGGAAUUAUAAUUUUUCCGUUUAAGAAGAAUUUCCGCGUCGAACGAAAAUAGCACAUUUCACAGAUUAUAAUGAUAGGGUUGGGUUAGAAGGUGGAAAAAAACGCCUUGAUUUAUAUUAAGUUGACCCCUCCUCGACUAAACAAAUUAAAAUUAAAUGAAGAGUAGUCGUAAUGCAACUGUAAUGGUGGUUUAGGCUUUUCAAUAUCAGGUAGUAAAUGAUAAAAAAAAUCACAUUUCCUUUGCUGUUUCCUUUGCUGUAACAUAGAUCAAUAGCGGAGGUGUCGGUCGAAUUUGUUUAACAAGCUUUUAAUUAAGCGUGGACACYCUUUAAUGACUUUGAAUGAUGAAACAAUGCUAAAUCAAUGGUGAAUUUAUAUAUCAAAUCCGAUUUAGUUAUUAAUAUGGACAUCUGAAUAUCCCAAAGAAAGAUAGCGAAAAUGCUGGUCAAAUGAUUAUCUAAUGUAAACCAACUAAGCCUAGCGGAAGGAAAAUUUCACCAUACUUACCAAACUAAGAGAGAGGUUCGUAAGUAUUAGGUAAUGUCUCGUACAGUGGUUUUCAUAAACUCGUUAAAUACACCUUCUUACUCUUUAUAUUGAACCUUUUUCGUCUUUGACUAGUACUUUAGUUUCACGGAUUUAUGAAAAUCACUCUAACGGGAACGUAUUAGAGUACCCUGCGAGCAGAGUGUAUUUCCUUCGCGAAUUUUUAUUGAGGUAAGGAAAUACACUCUGCUCGCAGGGUAGUAUUAGAGUAAAAUUUAAGAAUUUGUAAUUCUAGAAAGCAGCUUAGAGUAGUUUUCAUUGACCAGUGAAAUAAGCUUUGGAAUACUACACUUAACUACUUUUUAUUUUGCAUGUUUUUCUUUUCUGUACAUCACACUGUGUUUCAAGUCUUUGACCACUACGCUUUUUCACAGGUUUAUGGACUAUCACUCUAAGUCAUAGGACURUAUAAGAAAUAUGAUUUGUACUUAGAUUAUUUAGAAUGCUAAAUUAACGCAAAAGCUUAAAAAUAUAUAUUAUAAUUAUUAUUGAA